UCCUCAACCCCCGCCCCCCUCCCCUCAUUCACUCUAGGUAAUUCUUCUUUCGAUGGAACUGCUACAAGGGUCUGAGAGAUCAAACCUCAUCGAAGACGACGACGCCAAAUUCAGCGAUGCCCUUGAAGAAUUCCCUCUCUUCGAUGCUUCCAACUCUUCUUCGGCUUCGUCUGUCUCUCAAAUCGAUGACCAUACGAUUUCAGAACAACCAUCAUCCCCUUCCUCUGCUGGUCUCCGGCGCCGUCGCCUUUUUUCCCGACAGACUUCCAAAGAACUUCCCUGGUCUACUUUCAAAAAAAGUUCUGAUGGGUUAGUGGAUUUUAAUCUUCAUGGAUCUACUGUUUCUCUAGGAAAAAACUAUAAAUUUCUUUGGAAUUUGAAGAAUAAUGAUAAGUUGAACGAUAAGCUGAAUCGGACAAAGGUUCGUGUGGGGUCUGGCAGCGAUGGUAAGCGAUUAGCCAAUGAAACAAAUGGGAGUUCUUUGAGUUCUAGUGUGAUUACCACUGUUAAUGGUGAUGAGGGAGCCAUUGAUGAUUCUGUUACAGUGGAUUCAUCAAACCCUGGUUCGAGUUUCCUUUUUAUCUUAGCUGGAUUAGUGAUUAAAACUAUUGCAUUUCAAACAAGUUUGUUAGUUGGCUUGAUAUCAUUUCCUUUAUGGUUAAUGUAUUCGUCUUACAUGUUUCUUAUCGAUCCUUUUUCGAUUAUAAGGCGUGGAAGAAGUUACAUUAAGAAACGCAUUUCAAGAUUCUUGAAGUUCUGUUAUGGUAAUCUCAAAUGGGUUCUAAACAUAUGGAUCAAAAGAAACAGGUCCACAUGGAAGUUUUGUAUGCAAAUAGGAUGGGGAUUGCUGUCUUCGGCUUUCGUUGGAAUCAUUUUGGUUGGUUUAUUAGUUAUGGGGUUUGUAAUCAGUGGGGCUUUAAUGAAAUACAUUUUGGAGCAGCCCAUACAGAAGAUAGAGCAAUUGAGCUUUGAUUAUACAAGAGAUACUCCAAUGGCUUUUGUGCCUAUAAUGUCUUGCCCAGAACCCCUUUGUUUGGAUUGCAAUGAAAAGAUUAGAUUUGGGAAUGCUGCUCAAUCGCGGGUUAUACCUCUUGAUCACAAAUUGCAGGCCACGGUAUCAUUAACUUUGCCAGAAUCGGAUUACAACAGAAAUCUUGGGAUCUUUCAGGUGAGGGUGGACUUCCUUUCCAGCAAUGGCAAACCCCUUCUAAGUACAAUCCAGCCAUGUAUGCUUCCGUUCAAAAGCAAGUCUCUCCGGCUUUUAUCGACUGUUUUUAAGCUCGCCCCACUAAUCACCGGCUAUUCAUCAGAAUCCCAAACCAUCAAAAUCAAAUUUAGCGGACAUACUGAAACAAAAGUUCCAACUUCCUGCUUGAGGGUAGUAAUGGAACCACGGGCUCAAUUUGCCAGCCGUGGUGGUGUUCCUGAAAUAUACACGUCGUAUCUUAAACUCGAGUCAAAACUUCCUCUUUUCAAAAGGAUUUUGUGGUCAUGGAAAGCAACGAUCUUUGUUUGGACUAGUAUGGUGAUGUUUACAGUCGGGUUGCUUUUUGUCUUGGUUAUUAUUGUUCCAUGGCUAUGGCCAAGGGGUGUGCUUUUUAACAGUAAUGCAUCUCAGAACUCCAGCCAAGGUUGAAGGUACAUAGCUGCUUUUCGUGUUGCUAGGCUGCAUUUGGAGUCUCAUCAUAUCUCCUGUUGUUGGUAUACUACCCAUCUUUUUUGGUGAAUGACAUACAGAUUCACAUAUGAAUAUCUCCUGUAGAAUCACACGGUGUAUAUUCUAGACAUCGAAAGAGCAUGUGUGCAAUCAUCUGAAUGCCUUGGUGCACGAGGCUUGGCCUCCAGUCGUAUGUGAUCUUGUAAUCAGUAUGAUAUAUAUGUACAUAUUUUCGGGGUUGGUGUAUUGUACCUGUAUAUUUCUAAAUUCAUAGACAUGAUGAAUUCAGUAUGCAAUAUGGACAUUUGUAGCAAACCAUGAUGAAUUCAGUUUUAUAUUUCUC